AUGUCCAAACGUAAAAAAGAUUCCAUCAUUGUUGAUGAAGAUGAAGAAGAAACAAGACAACCACGAGUUGAUCAUCAAUCGGAAGAAGAAUUUUCAGAUAUAGAAGAUGAAGAUGACUCACCUCCGCCUCUUUCAGAUUCCGAUCAUGAUGAUGAUGACCACAAUCAUGAUCAUCGGAAUAAAAAGAAGAAGAAGGAUUUGAGUAAAUUAAAAUUGCAAAAACCAAAAAACAAAACGCUGGAUUUUAAUGUAUUUUUGAAUAGAAUUAAAUCAUUGCAAAUUGAUUGUGAGUGUUUGAAUGAGAUGAGAGAUGUUGAUCAGUUGCCGAAUCCUUCAUCAAAAUACUUGUUGAAUUCGUGUAAAUUGAAGAAUCAUCAGUGGCAAGCUGUUUCUUGGUUGAAGAGUUUAUUGUUGGAUAACAAGACGCAUGGUGGAAUAUUAGGUGACGAUAUGGGUCUUGGUAAAACUUUGGAGGUGAUUAGUUUUUUCUGUUAUUGGAUGGAAAGUACUGACAAGGAAAGUUCAAGGAAACCAUUUCUAAUUGUUUCGCCAUUGUCAUUGAUUGAAAAUUGGUGUUUGGAAUUUAACAAAUUUUGUGGAAAUUCUGUUCGUGUGUUGAGAUAUCAUGGAAAUCAAGAAGAACGUGCAGAAUUGCAAGAUACUUUGAAUGAGGAGUUUGCGGAGAGUGGAGAAUUUCCAUAUGAUGUUAUUGUUACAUCAUAUGAAACAGUAACAAAUGAUGAAAGUUUUCUUUCUGGUUUCGAAUAUAAAUGUCUUUGUGUGGAUGAAGCUCACAGACUGAAAAAUCCAAAUUCAAUCCUUUACAAGGCCCUCCAACAAAUCUACAAGUAUGAAAGAGUCAUUCUCAUGAGUGGUACUCCAUUAAUGAACAAUACAAAAGAACUGUGGGCUCUCCUAUAUUUCUGUGCUCCAACUUACUUUGAUCAUUUAUUCGAAACAUUUGACAGCUGGUUCCCUCAGCAAUGUUUCCUCUCCAAAUCAACUUUGAAGAAAUCCAUCUCUGAGAGUGUAGAUAUUGAAGAAGAUAUUGAUGAAAAUGUUGAGGAUGUGGAUGCUGAUUCUGUGAGGAAUAAUUUCCAAAUUGUUCUCAAGCCAUUCCUUCUUAGAAGAACAAAGAAUCAAGUUCUCAAGAAUGAUCUUCCUCCAAAGGAAGAACACAUCAUCUAUACUAGGUUGACAACUUUACAAAAGAAAUUCUACAAGGGUUUCCUCAUGGCUGAUAGAAAUGCUAUUGGUAAGAAGAAUUCUAGAGGUCUCAGCAAUGUCCUAAUGAGUUUACGUAAAUGUUGUGAUCACCCCUAUAUGUUUGAAGGAGCAGAAGAAGAACCAUUUGUUGAAGGUGAACAUAUUGUGAAUAACAGUGGUAAAAUGAUUAUUUUAGACAAACUAUUGAAAAAGCUCAAACAAGAAGGGCACAAGGUUUUGAUCUUCUCUCAAAUGACUCAAAUGUUGGACAUUUUACAGGACUACUUUUCUUUCAGAAAGUGGAAUUAUGAACGACUCGACGGUUCUGUCAGAGGAGAGGAAAGAUUUGAAGCAAUUAAGAGUUUCACAGAUAAGGAUGUGUUUGUCUUUUUGCUCUCCACUAGAGCAGGAGGUGUUGGUUUGAACUUGACCAGUGCGGAUACAGUUAUUUUUAUGGAUAUGGAUAUGAAUCCUCAAAUGGAUUUACAAGCUCAGGCCAGAUGUCACAGAAUAGGUCAAGAUAAGCCAGUAACAGUUUACAGAUUGGUCACUGAAAGCUCAGUAGAAGAAGUAAUCUUGAAAAGAUCAAUGAAAAAGAUUGCUCUAUCCAUCAAUACUAUUGAUACAUCAUCUGCCGUUUCGAAUGCAUUUGAUUCAAGCUCUGAUGAAAAACUCUCUUCCGAUACUAUUAUGGAAAUGAUUUCAUUUGGAUUACACAAAAUUAUGGACUCUACCUCUGACGUCAGUGCUGAAGAAUCAGAUGAAAAGCUUCUUGGUAUCACCAUUGAUGAAUUAUUAGCCAAGAAGGGACCUAAGAGAUUGAGUUUAUCUUUAGAAAGUGCUGCGGAGAGUUUACAAGAUGUUGAAUCUGGAUCCAUUUACAUGUACGACGGAAUUGACUAUCGACCAAAGACAACUUCAUCUUCAAAGGAUGUGGAGGCAUUACAAAACUUGUUGGGAGAUGCUGGCAUUGAUCUAUGUUCUCAAAAAACAGAUCACCAUACUAAAUCUAAGAAAAAGAAGGCAGCUCCAAAGAAGAAACCAAAGAAGAAAGAAGUUGAAAAGGACGAAUCUCUCAUAUUAUCUCCUUCAGAUGAUGAAGACGAUGAUGGAUACAUUUCACCUAUUUCAACCAGAACAAGAGGUUCCAAAAGAAAUGCAACAACCAAGAGAAGAAAGAUUAAAACUAGUGAUGAUGAAGAUGAGGAAUCUGAGUAUGAUGAAUUUGAUCCACAUUUGAUUGAAAUACCUGAUGAUUGGGAAUUGGACCUUUAUCUAAUGGAAAAACAAUUCAACAAGGAAGAAGAUGAUGAACCAUUCUCUCCAAUCACUUCCGACAGUAAUACUAUUCAAUAUGUGAAAGGAGAUGUUACUCAACCUGAAAAAUAUGAACACUCAGGUACUAGAUUUAUUGUCAAUGUUAUUUCAGAUUUUGGACAAUUUCCAAAUGCUGGUAUUUCUAAACAUAUUACCAGCAAGUACGGGAAGAAAAUCAAGCUAAUUUAUGAAAAUGCUUGUGAACAGGAUCUUAUCUCAGUCGGUGAGGCUCAACUCACUCCUGUAAAGAGUAAGAAGGGAUCAACCUAUAUUGUAAAUGUAAUUGCUCAACACUAUGAGAAAUCAAAGGGUCACGGUCCAAUUAUUAAUAGUGCUCUAGAGAUUGCCCUAGCAAAAGUCUGUUACUCUGCUGUCACAAUGGAUGCUACAGUGCACAUGCCUAGAAUUGGAUUUGGAAUUCAAGGUUUUGAUUGGUAUUCAACUGAAAGAAUUAUUAAGGUUUGUUUGCUCUUUACAUUUUAA